AUGAUCAUCUUCCGUUCCGCCAGCAGACUGUUCGGCCAUUCCACGCGCGCUGCCAUCGCCGUCGCUAUCGGAGGAGCUUUCCCCGCGGCUAAACUUCCCCCCCGCAUCCUACAACCGCAGAUUCUCACUCACAUCCACAGACGCACAAUGGCUUCCGCAAUGGCUAAGCGGCUCGAAGGCAAAACCAUUGUCAUUACCGGUGCUUCUUCCGGUAUUGGCUACAGCACUGCCAAGGAGUUUGCGCGGACCUCGCCCAAGAACCUGAAGAUCAUCGCCACAGCCCGUCGCGUCGACAGGCUAGAGCAGCUGGCCAAGGAAAUCAAGGAGGAAGUCGGUGAUGGCGUCAAGGUGUUGCCCGUUGCUUUGGAUGUCUCGAACCCGCAGGAGGUAAAGAACUUUGUGCCUUCGCUGCCUGCUGAGUUUCAAGACAUCGACGUACUGGUGAACAAUGCCGGCCUUGUCAAGGGUGUUGCUCAAGCUCCUGAUAUCGACCUGGAAGACAUCAAUGUUAUGGUGGCUACCAACGUCACAGGGCUGAUCAACAUGACCCAGGCUGUUUUGUCUGUCUAUAAGAAGAGAGACGAGGGCGGUCGCGGAGAUAUUAUCAACAUUGGAAGUAUUGCCGGUCGCGAGCCAUAUGCUGGUGGAGGUAUCUACUGUGCUACCAAGGCUGCAGUGCGCAGCUUUUCGUCUUCUCUCAGGAAGGAGCUCAUCUCUACUCGCAUCCGAGUUAUCGAGAUUGAUCCUGGUCAGGUUGAGACGGAAUUCUCGGUUGUGCGAUUCUAUGGUGACAAGUCCAAGGCAGAUGCGGUCUACGCUGGCUGCGAGCCUCUCACUCCCGAUGACAUUGCAGAGGUCAUCGUCUUCGCUGCAGGACGCAGGGAGAACGUCGUCAUUGCAGACACUCUUAUCUAUCCCAGCCACCAGGGUGGUGCCAACGCUAUUCACCGCAAGUCGUGA